AUGGGCCUCUCAGCAGAAGCGUCCGCCGCCGCCGCCGCCUGGGGAGUAUUUGCGACGGCGGCCCUGAGUAUGGCAGUCAAGUUUGGCCUGUGGCUUUGCGGCCGUGAUACCAUCACCUCCACCACCAAAGCCGCCACCAAUGCCGCCGAAGCCGCCACCAAUAACGCCGCCGCCGCCACCAAGGCCGCCGACGCCGCCACCACCACAGCCAAAGCCACCGACGCCGACGUGAAGGCGCUCCGAGAUGAGGUAGCGGAGCUAAAGCAGAGGUUGGAGAAGCUAGAGGGGCUGUUGCGAGGGGCCUCCGGGCCUCAGGAAGAGGACGAGGACAAGGACAAGGCGAGGACAAAAUUGGCCAACAUCCUGUAUACUUGCUCGGCUAUCAAGGCCCGGUACUUUUCGUACUUUAGCCCUAGCUGA